ACCCACAAAUACUCCGAAUGUCAAAAAAUCUGUUUUGACAUUUUUGUUAUUUUUUAAACCGGCUUGAUAUACAAAAACAUGUCUUCUAGUUUAUGUAAAAUCUGCAAUAAAAACGAUUUCAAAUAUUCUUGUCCAAAAUGUAACAUUUUAUAUUGCUCACUUACCUGCUACAAAUCUCCCGAACAUCUAAAAUGCUCCGAAGAAUUUUACAAAAAAUGUGUCGAAGAUGAAAUCUCGGCAACUUCUAAUCCCACUGACGAUGUCAAAAAAAUGUAUGACAUCCUAAAUCGAUUAAAUCAUCAAUUCGAAGAAGAUGAAUUUGAUUUAGAUGCUCCACAAGAAUUGGAUUCCGAUGAUGACAAUGAUAACGAAGAUGAAAAUGAUAUAGCAAAUAGAUUAGAAGGUAUCGAUAUUAAUGAUUCUGAGGAAAUAUGGAAACGUCUCACUGACGUGGAAAAGAAAGACUUCCAGCUUCAAAUCGAAAAUGGUGAAAUUGCAAAACUCUUACCCAAAUACUCGCCAUGGUGGUCAAUCUAUAGCAAUAAGCUAGUUGUUCCAAUUUCAAAUAACAGCACACCUGCGAUAUGCGAAAACAUACCUUUGUUUAGUACAAUCUACUCCAAAGAACCACCUGCAUGUAUUCACAACAAUUUGUGGAACAUCUUGGCAGCUUAUGCAUGUACAGUAAAAUUCUUCAAUGGAGAACAUCAAACUAACUCAUGGGAAGCUACCAAGUAUCUUGUUGGUCUUUCAGCAAAUCUUAAGACGAAUGUUAACUUUGAUGAUGCUGAACAAGCUGUUGUUGCCAUAGAAAUGCAGGCUCUAGAAGAUAAUAUUCCUCUUCCCUGCGAACAAUUUGCUGAAAUUGAAAAAGAUACAAGACAGAUUAUAGCAGGAGGAUUAGAUUUUAAACUCGCUGCUCUUUCGGAUACUUUGAAUUUAUUUAAAAUCGCUAAAGAUCAACAAUUUGGAAAGAAAUCGAAACAAACGCAGUCGGAAUUCAAUAAGAGUUUUGAUGGACAUUUUGAAAUUGAUCUUUCAAAAAGUAAUUUGAAUUUGAUAAUUAAAAAAAUUGAAUUUUUCUUGUCUUUUGUGGCGAGAGAUUCACACAGAAAUACAGUUUUAUGAUUUUGUUAGUAAAUAAAAGUUGUUAAAG